CUGUCUGUCGUCAAGUCUCAAUCCUCAAUCGACCAAUAUGGUAAAAUCUGAUCAAGCAGAGCUCCCAGAUAUAUUUCAUUUAAACCCACCCAUCUUAAUUUGUCCAAAAAAUCCAACACCGAAACAUCCAUUGUACCUCUCAAAUCUAGAUGAUCAAAAGUUUCUUAGGUUCACCAUUAAAUAUGUUUAUCUAUACAGGAAAUCAGUCAGCUCAGAAAUGUUGAAACACUCCCUUUCGAAUGUUCUUGUUGAGUAUUACCCAUUUGCAGGGAGAUUGAGAUCAAACCCAGAUGAUAAUGAGAAACUUGAAAUCGAUUGUAAUGGAAAAGGUGUUGUCUUUGCUGAAGCAUUCAUGGACAUGACUGCUGAUAACUUUCUUUCACUUUCUUCUCAUCCUAACCGUUCAUGGAGAAACCUUCUCUAUAGAGUUGAAUCUUCAACUUUCCUUGAUGUUCCUCCUCUCGUUGUUCAGGUUACGAAUCUCCGGUGCGGAGGAAUGAUCCUGUGCACCGCAUUCAAUCAUUGUCUAUGCGACGGUAUUGGAACAUCGCAGUUCCUUCACGCCUGGGCCCAUCUGAUCACCUCUACCAAACCCACAUCAGAUUUACCAAUCACGCCAUUCCACACUCGCCACGUGCUGAAAUCCAGAUCCCCACCACCAUCAAAACAACAUACCUUUCUUCCCCAAUUUACCAAAACUGCCACUUCCAAGCUUGAUGAUGAUCAUGAUCAUGAUGAUGAUGAUGAUGGUGAUGGUCUUCUUGACCUAAACCAAUUCCUCCAAUCCCAGCCAAUUGUUCCUGUUUCCUUAACCUUCACUCACUCCCAUAUCCUUCACCUCAAAAGACUCUGUUUUCCAUCCUUAAAAUGCACCACUUUUGACAUAAUGGCAGCACACACGUGGCACUCAUGGGUGAAAGCACUUGGACUCUCAUCAGUUCUCAACACCAAACUCCUUUUCUCAGUCAACAUUAGAAAACGAAUCGAGCCUUCAUUACCAGAAGGGUAUUAUGGAAAUGGGUUCAUAUUAGGAUGCGCCGAAGUUAACGUUAAGGAGUUUAUAAAUAGUGGUAGUAAUUACUUGUACAGUGGAGUGAAAUUAGUGCAACAAGCGAAAACAUCGGUAACCGACAGUUGUGUAAGGUCGGUGGUUGACCUUUUAGAGGAUAGAACGGUUAAACCAGACCUUUCAACGAGUUUGGUUAUAUCACAAUGGUCAAAGUUAGGGCUUGAGGAUUUGGACUUGGGACAAGGUAAGCCCUUGCAAAUGGGUCCUCUUACAAGUGAUAUUUACUGCUUGUUUUUACCCGUUGUGGGUGAAAUCGACGCUGUAAGAAUUCUCAUUUCUUUGCCUGAGGCCGUGGCAGAUAAGUUCAAAUAUUACAUGAUGAACAUGGACUACUUUGAUCGAUCGAUCGAUGGACUCGUCAGUUAA